AUGGCACUGGCAAGAAUAGCAAGACACGGUUGUUUCAAACGAUCCUCAGGUGCCAUUGGCAAAAAUGCUACCGGGAGAGAAAGAAAGCCACAAUAUCCUACCCUAGAAGCCACAAAGCUUGGUGAAAAGCCUAGAGUAGAAGUUCUUGGUAGUGGAUGGGCAGCAUGUAGAUUCCUCAAAGGGCUCGACACCAAGGUUUAUGAAGUCAUUUGCAUGUCACCGAGGAAUCAUAUGGUAUUCACACCCCUGCUUGCCUCAACUUGUGUUGGAACUCUGGAAUUCCGAUCAGUUGCUGAGCCGGUCAGUAGGAUACAAACUACACUAGCAAAGGAUCCCAAUUCUUAUUUCUUUCUAGCUUCAUGCAGUGGAGUGAACACAGACAAGCAUGAAGUGUAUUGCAAGGCCAUUUGUGAUGGUGGACUUUCUCAUGAACCUUACCAAUUUAAAGUUGCGUAUGACAAGCUUGUCAUUGCUUUUGGAGCUGAGCCCUUAACCUUCAGUAUAAAGGGUGUUAAGGAACACGCAUUUUUCCUUUGUAAGGUGACUCAUGCCCAAGAAAUCAGGAAGAAACUUCUGUUGAAUCUGAUCCUCUCUAAAAAUCCAGGAAUGUCAGAGGAAGAGAAAGAACGUCUGCUACAUUGCAUUGUUAUUGGAGGUGAACCUACUGGGGUGGAAUUCAGCGGUGAAGUGAGUGAUUUUAUCAUGAGAGUUGUUCAUCAGUGGUAUACUCGUGUCAAAAAAUACAUUCAUGUUACUCUCAUUGAGGCAAAUGAGAUUUUGUCAUCGUUUGAUGUCGUCUUAAGGCAAUAUGCUACAAAGCACUUAACAAAGGUUGGAAUUCGCCUUGUACGAGGUGUUGUCAAGGAGGUGCACCCAAAUAAGAUCAUCCUUAGUGAUGGAAGUGAUGUUCCUUAUGGCCUCCUUGGUCUACUGGGAAUUGGUGUUCCAUCCAUUCAAGAUGUGUUUGCACUUGGAGAUUGUGCUGGUUUUCUUGAACAGACAGGGGGCCAGUUCUUCCAGCUCUGGCUCAGAUACGAGGAUGGGAGUAUAACUACGAAUUUUAAACAGGUUGCAGAACAGGAAGGGAAAUUUCUUGUUGAAUUGUUCUACAGAAUUCAAAAGCAGAAUGCAGGCAAAGCUUUCUCCGCAGAAGAUAUGGUUCUAGGAGAACCAUUUGUGUACAAGCAUCUUGGAAGCAUGGCAUCUGUUGGGCAUUAUAAGGCACUAGUUGAUCUACGUCAAUCCAAGUGCUAUCAGACCUCCUUUGCAUUCUCACAGCAAGGAACUCAGCCUAUUGUGGUCAAACAGAGAAAACUUCACAAAUUUAGGGCAAUGGAAAGUGAAAAUGCAAGUUCGAUUGCAGAUUCUGUUGCCUUCUUCUGA